AUGGAAUCCUCGGAACCAGAACCGACUCGAACCUGCGGCGCCUGCCACAAGGAGGUGGCAGAGGCUAACUUCGCCCUGCAUGAGAGCCACUGUAAGCGCUUUCUAAGCGUCUGUCCUGACUGCGAUGAAGCCGUCCCCAGAGAGCUGCUCAGCCAGCACCGAGAGGAGCAGCACAGCCAGGUGAAAUGCUCCAAGUGCAACAAGAAGAUGGAACGCUGCCACCUGGAGGAUCAUGAGGCGGAUGAUUGCCCCGAACGUCUGCAGGCGUGUCAGUUCUGUGAGCUGGAGGUGGCGUGGAGGAACCUGCAUGAGCACGCCGUGGCCUGUGGGAGUCGCACGGAGCGCUGCAGUGACUGCGGUCGCUACGUCAAGCUGAGUGACCAGCCAGAGCACAAGUCAACCUGCUCAACCGCCGAUGACAAGAAGGACUCGCCUCAGGCUGCUGGCGGUCCAGCCGACACUGGGGACAGAGUGAGCUGCAGAGGCUGCAGGAGGCUGCUUCUGUCGGACGAGAUAAACCAGCAUCUGCGGUUCUGUUAUUCAGCAUCUCCGCUCCUCUACGAUGAGGAAGAGGAGGAGGAAGAGGACUUCUACAGGGAUCAGCUGAGCGCCGCUUAUAAGGCCACCUACAGCCAGGUGGGCGGAGACCCGGAUCAGAUCAGCACCUGCCCGCACUGCCACCUGGCCCUGCCCCUCUCCACGCUGAAAUGGCAUGAGGCAAAGUGCAGAAUCCAUGUUUUUCUCAAAGACAGAGAAGGUUAAAGACAGAGACGUCCUCUGAUUGGACGGCACCGACCGACGCAGAGACAAUCAAGCUGUAAUCUUAGAAUCCUGCUAUUUGGCCUUUGUUCAUAUUUCUGGAACCUUUCCUUUCUUUCCGCUUCACGUGAUGUUAAACAUGGUGACCUGCUGAGGUCAGAGGUCACGCAGCGUGCGGUGUGCCUGGUGACGUUAGCUCGUCUGUGGAGCUUCAGCUCCCGCCUCUCCAUGGAUGCUGAUGGUCGCUGCUGAUGAGGAUCAUAUUGUCUGUCAGUCACUAACCGAUCCGUCCUGCGCAGCGCAAAGAGAAAAACUUCCAGG